AAUCCGCUUUCACCAUCUUGGGCCGCAAGCAACACCAUUCCUCUUCUGAGAUCUUCGAAGCACAUCUCCUCCAACUUCACUGCCCUAGAGUUUUCGAUCUCCAUUGAUUCAAUCUCAAAACCCUAGAAUUUCCCACACUUCUCUCCGAUCGAGAUCGCGAGAUGUCUCGCCGCUACGAUAGCCGCACCACGAUCUUCUCCCCUGAGGGCCGGCUCUACCAGGUGGAGUACGCCAUGGAGGCGAUCGGCAACGCCGGCUCCGCCAUCGGCAUCCUUGCUCGUGACGGUGUCGUCCUCGUCGGCGAGAAGAAGGUCACCUCCAAGCUCCUCCAGACCUCCCGAUCCACUGAAAAGAUGUACAAGAUCGACGAUCACCUUGCUUGUGCCGUCGCCGGAAUCAUGUCCGAUGCUAACAUCCUCAUCAACACGGCUCGUGUUCAGGCCCAGCGCUACACCUACGCGUACCAAGAGCCGAUGCCUGUCGAGCAGCUCGUGCAGUCUCUUUGUGACACCAAGCAAGGGUACACCCAGUUCGGUGGCCUUCGCCCCUUUGGAGUUUCCUUCCUCUUUGCUGGAUGGGACCGGAGCUUUGGUUUCCAGCUCUACAUGAGCGACCCGAGCGGGAACUAUGGCGGGUGGAAGGCUGCCGCCAUUGGGGCUAAUAACCAGGCCGCGCAGUCCAUGCUGAAGCAGGAUUAUAAGGAGGAGAUGACACGGGAGGAGGCCGUGCAACUCGCGCUUAAGGUGCUCAGCAAGACAAUGGAUAGCACCAGCCUUACUUCAGAGAAGCUGGAGCUUGCGGAGAUCUUCUUGGCACCUUCAGGGGAGGUCAAGUACCAGGUAUGCUCUCCAGAUGCGCUUGGUAAGUUGCUUGUUAAGCAUGGUGUCACACAGGCUGCUGCGGAGUCAUCUUGAUUUUGUCAAUUGGUAUAUCUCUGUUAUCUUUAAUGAUGGAUUGGUUCUAAUCUUCCUUGAACUUAAGUUACUAUUUUCAGCAAUUUGUACUUGGAUUCAGCAGGUUUAUACUUCCAACUCAAAUAUUUCUCUUUGCUAUGCGAACUGGGUUUUGCAUUCUUUAA